AUGAAUAUACAUUCAUCAGUAACUGAUACAAAUGGCAUUAUUCAUCAAUGGGUAUUUGAUUUUGAACUAACAUUUUUUGAUCAAAAAAAAUUCUUAUGGGUCGAAGAUUUUAUGUAUAAUUGGUGGUGGUUAAGUAUUCCGUAUACUUUAUUAUAUAUCAUUGCUAUAUUUAUUGGUCAAACAUGGAUGACAAAAAGAAAUGAAAAAUUUGAAUUAAGAAAAUUAUUAGUUAUUUGGAAUACAAUUCUUACAAUCUUUAGUUUUUGGGGUGCAUGUCGAUGUAUACCUGAAUUUAUUUAUAGUUUAACUAAUCAUGGAUUGUUAUAUUCAAUUUGUGAUCCGAGUUAUAAAACAGGUAUCACUGGACUUUGGGCCUGGUUAUUUAUGGCAUCAAAAGUACCUGAAACAUUUGAUACAUUAUUUAUUGUUUUAAGACGACAACAAUUAAUAUUUCUUCAUUGGUAUCAUCAUGCAACAGUUCUUGUCUAUUGUUUCUACAGUUAUGCAUUAUUUGUUUCAACUGGUCGUUGGUUUGUAUCAAUGAAUUAUUGUGUUCAUACAAUAAUGUACGGUUAUUUUGCAUUACGAGCAGCACGUAUUCGUCUACCUCGAUUUCUUCAACAAUUUAUUACUGUUUUACAAUUGAUUCAAAUGAUUAUUGGUUGUUUUAUUAAUCUUGCUGCAUUUAAUUAUAAACAAGAUGGAUAUUUAUGUGCUACAUCAGAUAUAAAUAUUAAAUUAUCUUUAGCUUUGUAUGCUUCUUAUCUCAUACUCUUUGUUCAUUUUUUUUAUAGAAGCUAUCUUCAGAAAGAUUCAAUGAAAAAAAACAAAUAA